UAAGGAAAUUAAGGAAAUUUUUUAUUAUAGAAAAAAAGUCAACUUUAAAUUUUUAUACAGUAUGUUGUUCGUGUUUAUCCAUAAUUUUAUCAAUGAAAUUGUAAAAAUAGUAUAAGAAAGGAUAUUGAAUUACAAAAAUUGAAAAUACAUAUAAACACAAAAAGUAUAAAAAAAGAAAAGUGAAAUCAAAAUAAACGCAUACACAUCAAGUAGUCUGCUGGCGGAACCUGUGGGAUUAAAGAAUAAUAAUUUUUUGUCGCUUGAUUUAUCGUACAUUUAAAGUGUUUUAAAAAUUGGAUAUAAAAUCUGUAUAUGUGCGUGCGUUGUUCGAAAAAUGUUUGCCUCUAAUGAAUCACAAAAAAGUUCAUUUCUUGAACAAACCAAGGCAGCGCGUGAAGAACGAGCUUUGGAAAAACGCCGUGAAUUGGCAGUUAUUGGAAUACAGUCUUGUGUACGAACAUUCUUGGCACGUAGAAGUUAUCACAAGCAAAUUUUAGCCGAUUUUGAUGAGUUGAUAGCAGAUGAUAGUCAGGAUGGCAGUAAUGGUGAGCCGCACGUUUCCGCUAUUGUCUAUCCAGUUGUAAGGCGUUUUUUAACACAAAUUGGUUUAAAAAAAAAUUGUGAUCUGAUACGUGAACGUUUUGAACGUUUAUGUCGUUAUCUUAAUAAAUCAAUGGAAACUGAAGUACCGAAGCGAUCAUAUGCUAUAUUAUGUUUACAAAAGGAUAAAAGUCUACCCUGGAUUUCGCAUAUAAAGAUUUUGUUAAAUUUUAUACUACAACUGCUAGAGGAUAUUAAACCUGAAAAUCAUGCUGAUAGCAUAUCAUUGGCUUUAUUAUUGCACACAUUAGUAGUGUUUACCUCACCCAAAUCCUGGGGCAUUUUAAGGAAUAAACAAUUUGAGAAGUUACAACCGGCAAUGCAGAAAAUAUGCUGCAACAUUCAAGGCAAUCUCAUACAAAAUGAUUUCUUUAAAAUAAUGAAGACUGUUUUAUUAAAGGGUACCUCAAGAGAGGAACUAACGUUAAAGCCGGUAUCUUUAAUAGCAAUAAUGACUUUAUGCACUCGUCCCCUGGUGGAUGGUGAAUUUUCCCGCAAUAUUUUAGGACAAUUCCUUGUAGAAAUUUUAUCAGUGCCUGCCUUAAUUUAUCAUUUAAACACCAGCGCGUCUCAAUGCAUAGAACAAUUAUCCUCGAUGUGGAUAUUAAAACGUGCUUUGGGCAUAUCCGAAGAUCUUAAUUGGUUUAGUGAUUUUGGACGUCAAAUACCAGGAACUAAGUGCUUAGCCUUUCUGGGCAACAUUGUAAAUUUAUUUAAUAUUGAAAACAAUGUAGAGGCGAGACUGUUAGCGUACCCCCUGUUAACUAAUACAGCUUUCCAAUUGUUCGCUAGUAUACCAAACACAGUAACUCCCAAAGGCGUCUUUACACAGUGGCAUGAACUUUUAGGGUGGCAUACACCGUCCACAGAUCCAGCACAAAAUCAGAACGUUUCUCUAAUUAAGCGGCAAUUUCAUAUGUUGUGGGGUCAUCGUUGUUUGAAAAUACUUUUGGGUGAUUUGCUUAAGGAUAUUAAUGUUAAUUAUGAGCGCGUGGAAUUCCAGUCUCCUAAUCAAGCUUCUACAAGUAACAUAUUGCGUAGAGCUUUGGAGCGUAGCGCCACACGUAAUAGUCUUUAUAAAACUACCAAAACCUUUUGGCGUAAACUUGAUGCUCCCGAGGUAAUCCAAGUGUCACGGGUGUCGGCCAUGUAUUAUGCCGCUUUAAACACUUUGUCCCAAUUGAGACUGGAUAUAUUAACAGGCAUUUGUUAUAAUGACAAUGUCAUCUAUGAUUUGUGGUUAUUUAUCACAUCAUUAGGUCCGUAUUGCGGUUUGAAAGAGUUCUUGGAGCUACUCAAAUGUGAAGAUUUCUUGCGUAAACCACAAACCGCCAUGUUAAUGCUCUUUUGCGAUUGUAUGACGCACUAUGUAACGAUACUUGAUGAGCACGAGAUGUAUACCGAAGAAAAACCGUUCCUUUUGAAUGAUUAUGUUAUGUUAACAUAUUUUCUAAAUAAUAUUUUAUAUAAAAUUAUUAAUGAUAAUAUAUUGGGGAAUUCCAAAAACGUUGUACAAUCGCCUGUUUUCAUAUCUUUGCACACUUUAUUAUUAUGUUUAUAUCGACGAGAUUGCCGCCGUACCUUUACACCCACGGGACAUUGGUUAAUAUCGGAAGUUAAGCCUACAGCCUUUGUUAACGAUUUAGAAAAAGCAAAACGUCAUGCAGUGAUAUUGCUGCAGAAAAUGCCGCACGUUAUACCGCAUGAAGAUCGAGUUAAAUUAUUCCGCAAAUUCGUACAAAAUGAGAAAGCUGUUUUGGGCUUAACCGAAAGUGCAUGCGCUUCGCCUCGUUCGGCUUUAAUAGUUGUACACCGCGAUCGUAUUGUAGAAGAUGGAUAUCGGCAAUUGGCUGCAUUAAAACCCCAUGCUUUAAAGGGUGUUAUACGUGUACGUUUUAUCAAUCAACAAGGUUUACAUGAAGCUGGUAUAGAUCAAGAUGGUGUUUUUAAAGAGUUUCUAGAAGAAACUAUAAAAAAAGUUUUCGAUCCAGCUUUAAAUCUUUUUAAAACCACUUCCGAUCAACGUUUAUAUCCCUCACCUAUUUCCUAUGUGCAAGACAAUCAUUUGCAAUUGUUUGAAUUUGUUGGUCGUAUGCUGGGUAAAGCUGUUUAUGAAGGCAUUGUUGUUGAUGUACCAUUUGCUUCGUUCUUCUUAUCACAAUUAUUGGGGCAAACUCAUCAGGCCUUGUAUUCUUGCAUGGAUGAAUUACCUUCAUUGGAUGCCGAACUUUAUCGUAGUUUAACUUUUAUCAAACAUUAUAAACAAGAUGUAGCCGAUUUAAAUUUAACAUUUUCGGUCGAUCAAGAUGUUAUGGGAAAAAUUGUCACUCAUGAAUUGCAUCCGGGUGGUAAGGCGCGUGUCGUCACUGAUCACAAUAAACUGGUUUAUAUACAUUAUAUGGCCUAUUUUCAUAUGAAUACACAAAUUCGGGAGCAAACGCAGGCGUUUAAUCGCGGUUUCCGUGGCAUUGUCAAUCCCGAAUGGUUAUCACUUUUUUCACCGCCCGAAUUGCAGCGUUUAAUAUCGGGUGAUACGGUGCCCUUAGAUUUAAAAGAUUUACGUAAACACACUCAAUAUUAUGGCGGUUUUCAUGAUUCCCAUCGUGUCGUUGGUUGGCUAUGGGACAUACUCUCUAAAGACUUUACUGAAGAAGAAAGGAAAUUGUUUUUAAAGUUUGUGACAAGUUGUUCUAAACCGCCAUUAUUGGGUUUCGCUCAUUUGGAGCCACCAUUUUCUAUACGUUGCGUGGAAGUAGGUGACGAUGAAGAUACUGGCGAUACCAUUGGCAGCGUUAUACGUGGUUUCUUUACAAUACGCAAAAAGGAUCCCUUAAAUCGUUUGCCCACAUCUUCAACGUGUUUCAAUUUACUCAAGUUGCCAAAUUAUCAAAAGAAAUCUACGCUAAGAGAUAAAUUACGUUAUGCUGUUACCAGUAAUACCGGUUUCGAAUUAUCUUAAGCUUUCGUUUUAAAACUCUUGCUACUGGAACAAAGUAUACAAUUACAAUACAAUCGUUAUGCAACCACAAACAAGCGCUAUGUGGUAUUGGUAUUUCCAAAAAAUUGUCAGAAUUAAAAAAAAAAGAAAAUUUAAUUUU